CCAGGCUCACUUUCCCCACGAAUCAACAACACCAGUAAACACCUCCAUCUCCAUCCUCCAUCCUCCAUCCUCCAUCUGCCAUCGAGACGUCAUUGCCCAUCGUCCUCGACGCAGAUGAUCGUCAAGCUCUCUGUUAGCUAAGAUGCACCUCGAAUUCCGCGGCGUCAUGGCCGUGAGGAGAUCGACAAGCUUCCCUUUUGUGCGGCCAUCACCUUUGCAAUGUAAGUCAGCCCUCUACGUCGAUGUCUUUUUUUCUUCGCGGUGCCAGCUUCACCUUUCUUGAAGCAGCUUCUCCUUUGUGGGAAAGCACGUAUACGAGACACGGUCAAUACACAACCGAGCCCUCCCAUCCACCACUCCUUCCUCCACGGCAUCCACCAUGUCUUCCAAAUCUGAAUCUAAAGCCCCUUCGUCCUCACAACAACCAAGCCCACACGACCUCAACUGCCUCACAAUCGCCGAACUCGAGCGCCUCGCCUACGAACGCAUGGACAAACAAACACGCGACUAUUACAACGAGGGAGCUGACACCGGCACAACCCUCGCCGAGAACGUGUCCGCCUAUUCGAAAUACCGCAUCCGUCCCCGCGUGCUGCGCGACAUAUCCCAAAUCGACACCACGGUCCGUGUCUUCGGCCACACGAACAGCGCCCCCUUCGGCGUCGCCCCAACUGCCAUGCAACGCCUUGCGCAUUCGGACGGUGAAAUUGCAACCGCUCGCGCCUGCAGAUCCAAGGGCAUAGUCAUGGGCCUGUCCUCCUUCAGCACCAGCACGCUCGAAGACGUCGCCGAGGCCAGCGGCGACAACCCCAAUGUGUUGCAACUCUACCUCUUCGAGGAGCGCGCACACAGCCUCAAACUGAUCCACCGCGCCAAAAAGGCCGGCUACAAGGCCGUUCUGUUGACCGUGGACACGCCCAUGCUCGGCCGGCGCAACCUCGAGAUACGCAACCAGUUCAAACUGCCCGCACAUUUGUCCAUUGCGAAUUUCACCCAGCAGGACGAGGACGACAUUCAGACCGCCCUGGACAAUUCCAGCACCAACGCCAGUUCGUCCUCGUCCUCCCUGUCCACAGACAACACCGACGCACCCAACACCUCCUCACCAUCACCGUCACGCGCACAGCCCAACACAAAGUCAAAAUUAAAACCCAAAUCCGAGAGCGCAGCAGGCUACCACGACGGCCAACGGCGACGGCCGCCCACUGGACCCAUCACAUUCCACACGCAUGCCGCCAACCCGACGCUUUCGUGGGAAGAGUCCAUCCCAUGGCUCAAGUCCGUCUGCGCGCCGAUGGAAGUCUGGGUCAAAGGCAUCGCGACCGCCGAAGACGCGCUAUUAGCCGUCCACCACGGCGUGCACGGCAUCAUCGUGUCAAACCACGGCGGACGCCAACUCAACGGCGCCCUGGCCACGCUCGACGCACUCCCAGAAGUCGUCGCCGCAGUCAACGGGCAGGUCCCCGUGCACGUGGAUGGCGGGAUACGGCAUGGCACGGAUAUUUUCAAGGCGCUUGCACUGGGCGCGGAUUUCUGCUGGAUCGGCAGACCUGUGCUGUGGGGUUUAGCGUACAAGGGCCAGGCGGGCGUUGAACUCUGCCUGAGGCUGCUCAUGGAUGAAGUGCGACUUUGUAUGGGCCUUGCGGGUGUGACAAGUGUGAAGGGGAUAAGUAAAGAGUACCUGUGUCGCGUGGGGAGGGACGGGUUUGUUAGUAGAUUGUAAAGCAUAGGCGAGCUGAAGUGAGCGACAGCGGUGUUUGCAUAUCAACGCGAACUUGAAGUACAAAAUUACUAUACGUGAAGGCUUUCAGUCAACAACUUGGAUAGAAGAUCAGGAGCAGAGCCGCUCGUCGGAUGGAUUCAGCGAUGUAUACCUGGUAUAUUGACGAGCCGAGC